UAAAAAUGGGAGGAGGAAUUGUGAGGGAGAAAGGGCCCAAAAUGCAGUAAACGGACUGGGCGUCUCCAGAGGAAGAGCAGGAAAGAGAAAGAGAGAAGGAAGAGCAGUGAGGAAACUUCUCAACUCUGUAAAUGGAAGAAGACGCAGGUGAAGGAAGCGUAACGAAAUCAGUAGCAAUGAUGGCAUGUACGGCCAUGGCUUUGUUCUACGUCGCCAUACUAUACUCUCCCACUUGGAUCCUUCGUCUCCCUCCUCCCUCCUCCUUCAAGCAAUUCAUGAUCCGUCGCUUCAUUUGUGCCGCCAUCUCUUCCCUCGUCUCCAUGCUCCUCUCUGCUCUCAUCCUCCUCCCUAUGAGAAGCUGGGAGGUGUCACAUUUGUUUGGCGUUUAUGGCAUCCGAAUAGACCAUAUUUGGCAAGCGAUGGUGUUUCCUCUUUCUUUGACUUCGCUAAUGUACGCUGGAUCUUUGCUUCUAAAGUCUCUCUUAAUCGUGAGUUCUUGGAAGCAGUAUAAGAAUCAGGGCAGAGGCAUAGCAAUCGAUUAUGUAAAAAAUGUCCCACAAAAUAUCCUUAAUUGGGUUUUCUCAACUGCUUCCAGUAUCCUGGCUUGGCGUAACUAUGUUGUGGCACCAUUCACGGAAGAAUUGGUGUUUAGAGCAUGUAUGAUACCUUUGCUUCUUUGUGGAGGAUUCAAAAUAUACAGCGUCAUAUUCCUCUGCCCUAUUUUCUUCAGCUUAGCUCAUUUAAACCAUUUAUUGGAGUUCUAUAGCAAACACAACCAUAGCCUACUCAAAGCUUUCAUGGUUGCAGGUCUCCAGCUUGGCUACACCGUGAUCUUUGGGUCCUAUGCAUCUCUUCUCUUCAUCCGAACAGGACAUAUCGUCGCUCCUAUAGUUGCUCAUAUAUUUUGUAAUUUUAUGGGAUUGCCUGUGCUGUUUGCACGGGGAAAAGGGAUGGUAAGUGUGGCCUUUGUUGCUGGGAUGGUGGGUUUUCUGUGGCUGCUUUUUCCAGUUACAGACCCAGCUUUGUAUAAUGAUAGAACUGAUAAUUGCAGGUGUUGGCAUGGAUAUUGUACUUGGACCUAGACCUGUGAAUUAUUAAGAAGGAUUAGACCUUCUGUUAAGGGAAAACUAAAAGGAAAGGAAGAGGAAAAUAAAAUGGAACCUGUGUUGUUUUACCUGUUAUGAUCUUGA